AUGCCGACUGCUGCCGCCUCCGCCUCUAUGGGCCGCAAGCGCCCUGCUUCGUAUUCCACUGCCCCCAAGAACAAGAAGCUCAAGACCAAAUCCAGGGUCGACCGCGGCGAGACACGCCCGGCACCUUGUCCCACUUGCGUCCGGCGCCUCGCCCGCGAUCCUGACGCUGAGUUAUGCGCCGACCAGCUGAGCUCAGGCACUCGCUGUGCCCAGUGCGCCGACAGCAGCCACUCUUGUCCUGGGCCUAUUGACGAUAAUAUCAUGCCAUACUACUAUGAGCUUGUAGCUACUGCUGCGGCCUAUAACAACGUGACUACCAGCACUGCUAUAGAGGAGGCUGAUGCUGUGAGCGCAUUUCACCUGCUCGCUAGCUGCUCAUGCGCUGCGCUGUUGCUGAUUGGUUAUAGCUCGAGGCCGCCUACCGCAUCGCCGCCGGUAAUGCAGGGCGUGUCUUGCGGACUUACGGGUCCGGUGCCUCUGCUGUUCCCCCGCGUGCUCCGCCCGCGUCCAAUGUUCCCGCGACCCCUUCUCAACCACCGGAGCCCCCAGGGCCUGCGUCCGCGCCCUCGCCUACCGCUGACUCCACUACUGCCCCCGUGCAGGUUACGUUGCUCGGCCCCGCUCACGCGGAACGCUUCGUCUCAGCGUUCGAGGCCAUGUCUCGCGCAGUGGUCUCUUAUCUUGCUGUCCAGGAGCGCAUUGCUGAGGAGCAGGCUAACGAGUGAAACGGCGAGGAAGAUAAGUAGGGUGAACCAUGGCUCCCAUACCGUCCCAAUCGCCUGGAUCCUGCUCGUGUGUGCCCCGGCCUUCUGA